CAAACCUGGGCCGGGACAACGCGCAUGGCCCGUCUCCUGUCGCCACCCGGCUGGGCGCUCUCCGUGUGCCUGGUGGCGGCGACGACCCUGGUGGCUCCUUCCCUGCAGUCACAGAUCAUCAUCAUCCGGCGCACCGAGGAGGCGGCCGACGACGGCUGGAUCAACGGCGUCCAGCGAGGACGGCACCUGCCACCGCCGCCGCUGCCUAGGCCGCCGCCGUCGUGGUCGCCAGCCGGUUGGAACAACCACGGCUUCGUGGCGGCCCGCCGGGUGCACCAGCCUUGGCACGUGGGGCCCACGUUGGUGGGCGCGGGCGGCGGCAUCCCCGGAGGAGGAGGCUGGAAGCCGCUGUGGAUCCCGCUGGACGGCAGGCACGGCUGGAGGCCUCAGUGGCCUCCGAAGGUGCCGUCGUCUACACCGACCCCAUCUUCGCCUACGCCCUCACCGCCACCACCUCCCCCGCCACCGCCGCCACCGGAAGAACCCAAGCCCACGGCAGAGUCCAACCAACAGGAACCGCCAGCCAAGCAGGUCGUGUCCACAGAGAGCCCCAAGGCCUCUCCUGGUGAUACCGGAAAAGUCAAGGAACCAUAGUCAGCAACUGUAUGCCGGAGAAGGCGGGUCGUGCCGGUGCUGCGAGGCGGCUGAGCGCCAUAUCAAAUUGCGUUUAUCUCAUAUUCUUCCCGACGAUUGCGCUGACGUAGCACUUCCGAUAACCGCGCGGAUGUUGUACUUCCCUGCUACUGCGCUACAUGUGUUCAAGACGACGCUUGCAGAGACACGUCUCUCACACCUUUAUCACGUGCGCAUGACCCGCUCUAUCGAGA